UAAUUGCAGUGAAGACAAACAGAUCGGCAACGAUAUUGUGAAAUUAUUUUCGCCCUUUGAGCUCCAGCCCUGAUCAAGCAGAAAGAGAACAGAAAUCCUCGAUCAAAGCCGGAGGCAGAGAGACGCCAAGGGCCAACAAGAUGACUCUCCUUCCAAGCUUCUCCACUGAGACGUGGUCCCUUCUCAUUGUCAUUCUGGGCCUUUUCAUGCUAUAUGGAAUUUGGCCAUACAGCCAUUUCAGAAAUCUGGGCAUUCCAGGUCCGAGGCCAUUGCCUUUCUUUGGAACUCUCUUGUGCUAUCGUAAGGGGUUUAUGAACUUUGAUACAGAGUGCUUUCAGAAAUAUGGGAGGAACUGGGGGUUUUACGAUGGCCGGCAACCUAUAUUAGCCACGCUGGAUCCUGUCAUUAUUAAAACUGUUCUGGUGAAAGAAUGCUACUCCACCUUCACCAACCGCCGGAAUGUAGGUUUAGGUGGGCUGUUUGAGUCUGCCAUCACGAUGGUAAAGGACAAACAAUGGAAGAGGAUUCGCACUGUGCUCUCUCCAACCUUCACCAGUGGAAAGCUAAAGGAGAUGUUUCCCAUCAUCAAACACUAUGGGGAGGUUCUGAUCCAGAACGUUCAGAAGAAAGUGGAGAAGGAUGAGCUUCUGGUUGCGAAGGACGUCUUUGGGGCCUUCAGCAUGGAUGUGAUCACCAGCACUUCGUUUGGUGUGGACCUCGACUCUAUGAACAACCCCGAUGAUCCUUUUGUCAAGGAGAUCAAGAAACUCACCAAGUUCUCCUUUAAUCUACAUAUACUUUUAAUAUUUGUGUUCCCAUUUGUGGCUUCUCUCCUCAAGUUAAUGAAAAUCACUUUCUUCAACCCAGAAGCGAUGAACUUCUUUGAGAGGUCACUUGCAAAAAUAAAGGCGACACGGGAGAAAGAAGGCCAGGGGGGCCGGGUGGAUUUCCUGCAGCUGAUGAUCGACUCCCAGAAGUCCAACAGCGAGCACCAGAGCAACGCCUUGGAUCCCUCCUAUAAAGGCUUGACCGAUGAUGAAAUCCUGGCCCAAGCCUUCACCUUUGUCUUUGCUGGAUAUGAAACCAACAGCAACUCUUUGGGUUAUACGGCCUACUUUUUAGCCAUUCACCCAGAUGUCCAGCAGAAGCUUCAAGCGGAGAUAGAUACGAUCCUGCCCGACAAGGCUCCUCUCACCUACGAUGCCAUCAUGAAACUUGAGUAUCUUGACAUGGUCCUGAACGAAACACAAAGGCUGUAUCCUUUCGGAGGGAGGCUCGAAAGGCUCUGCAAGAAAGAUGUCGAAGUCAAUGGCGUGACUAUCCUGAAAGACACGUUGGUGAUGAUCCCACCCUACACGCUUCAUCGGGACCCUGAAUACUGGCCAGAACCUGACGAGUUCAGACCUGAGAGGUUCAGCAAAGAGAACAAGGACAAAAUAGAUCCCUACACGUACCUGCCCUUUGGAGCUGGUCCCCGGAACUGCAUAGGAAUGCGCUUUGCUCUCGUCACGAUGAAGGUGGCUAUUGCAAUCCUGAUGCAGCAUUUCUCCUUCAGGGUCUGCAAGGAAACUCCGAUUCCCCUGGAGAUGAGCAAUGAAGCCUUCUUAGUGCCAAAGAAACCAAUAGUUUUGAGGCUGGUGCCACGUGGUGAUCCCCGGGAGAAGGGGGAGUGAAGCCUGGUCGUGGGCCUUGGUAGAAGAUGCAAAAGCCUCAAGUGUGGCUUUGAGAAAAUUCCCCGCAGAGAACUUCAAACAGUUCCAGAGAAUCAGACAGAUUCGCAAACCGAAACAGAGCUCUCUGAAAAUCCGUGCAUCUCCUAAUUUGGCACUGCAGUUUUCCGGCCAAAGAAUGCACAGAAAAAGGGAGUCAUUAGUGCACCGCCAAAAAUGUGUAUCUUGGCGAAAGUAUCAUUAAAAGAUGUAUUCUAUUCAGGAAAAACCGAAAUGCUUGCAUUCUAUUCAGGCUUGCCCAAAUACUUGCACUGUGAAACAUUCAUACAAAAGUGUGUCUACCAGGAGAAAGGGGCUCCAACAAUGUGUGCAAAUGUUGAUGCAAACCCCUCUGUGGAAUUGGGGCAAAGCACAUGUAAGAAAGUAAGAAAUAUUCCUCUAUUUGCCUGAUCUGUCGCUUCUAUUGUUUCAGGAUGGUUUGGGGAAAAUUUUAAACAUUUUUAAACUAUACUUUAGUUGCAAGGCAUCUUGAAAAUUCUUAUAGUAUAAAGUAGAUUUAAAAAGCCCCCCUUUAAAACCAAAUCAUCAAUGAUGAUUAAUUGGAGCAUGCCCAAGCUACAAUUUUGUAUCUGUCUGAGACCAGUUUACCAGUCAUGGCUUCCCCCAUGGAAUUCUGGGAACUGUAGUUUGGGGAGGGUGCUGAGAAGAUUUUGUUAAGGGAUCCAUACAGAGCACAUGCAAUUUGGAUUCCUCAGAGUUGCUUGGGAUGAAAGAAUCACUAUGACAUCAAAUCAUGUCCACUGAAUGACAGGAAACUCAAUCGGUGCAGGCCAGGAUUGCAAAAAACCCUUCCUAGAAUUGUCACACAUCACAGUCCUGGGUAAUGUGAUUUAUCCGGGUCCCUGUGACUCAGAUGCAUUAUUUCAAAGCUCUGUGUGGAAGUGCUCUUGCAGAAACAGGGCCAAUCCACCAGUGGAAGCCCAAUUUAAAUACCACUCUGGAGAGACUUAUGAUCUGCUGUGGUUUAGUAGAUUAAACAUCCCUUGUUAAAUGCAGCUUCCCUUGUUGAGUUGUUAGAGUCACCUAACAGUGUGUAAAACUGGGUCUGGAAACAGCUCAGAAGUAGCAGUUGCAGCUGGUGAAAGACCCGUGUGAUAUGAUUGUAGCACUCGUUCCCAGGAAGCAAUAGUGAAGCUGUAUUUUCCAUGAUCUGCCUUUGGCACAAUAUCACUACAGUACACCGACACCUGGUAUAGGGGGCGCUUGGGGCCCCUGCCCCCUCGAUAUUUUGAAUUGGGGGCUGUGUGAACACACCCUAAUUUCAAGGCUACAAGAACAUGAACAACUGAGACCAGUUGGGUCGUAGCUGGCACAUCAGUCUAAGAUGGUACGGGCUUCUCUGUGCCAUGGAAGCAACCUGUGAUUUUCUGUUUCUGUGAUAUAACAUGUUUCAGUAGCCUUUGGCUGCAUGCACACCUCCUCAUUUGUAGCACCGAAAUGUGGUUUUUCUCAAUCCGGAAUCAUUUGCGCUUAUCUUCAAAAUGCUGCUUUCCAUCUAGACCGGUUCUUAACCCUGCCUUCCAUAAGCGUGUGAGUGGUUACUUGAUACACAUUUGAAAACCCUUCUCUUGAUGAAAUAAAAUCCACAGCCUCUUCCUCCCGGCACACAACCAAGGUGAAUGAAGAAGAAGAAAGCCGUGAUUGCAGUCUUGGCAUAGGGACAUCCACAAUGUCGUUGGAUUUUAGGAGUAGGUCAGCAAUAAAAUCUUCAAAAAAGGGGGAGCAGGGAGGGAG